CUGGGAAAGCAAAGCAUGCAGGUCGGUUUGGAAGUGGCGGGAGCCCUGCCUGCUGUUACCAUAGCGACCGAGGCUUCCGGUUAGAGGCUGCUGGGCAACCCAGAGCAGAGGGGUACCUACCAGGGGAACAAAAAGGAAGGAGCAAGAGCUGAAACGUUGGCUGUGAGCUGCUAAUGUGAUUGGAAAGGACUGCUGGCUGAAGAUCCUUUGAUUAGUUCCUCUGCUGUCAACAACCUUAUCUUUCCCAACUUCCACAUGAAGAAGAAACAUCUUGACACUCAGCCAGCACUGCCUUCGGAUGGCAAGCCUGCUGCUUGUGCUAAGAAGAAGGUCUCCAUCUCUGUGAAAAGGCUUCGGGAAAUAGCUCCGCCCCAUCCUCUGGUGUUCUCUGCAAAGGAUGAUGGAGUUUAUAUUCCACCAGCCCUGAUGGCAAACAAACCUGAAUCUCAUAAGACAACAACAGAAACGUCUGAAGGCACCACAGAAGGUGAUCUAAGCAAAUAUUUUGCCAGAGAUUCAGAACAGCUGCCAUCAUCUGGAAAAGAUGAACAGACACAACAGGGGAUUCCAGAAGUUUGUUUCCAGGAAACUGCAGUACAUGUUCCUUCAGAAGUGAAAGAAGAAGCAGCUAAACAAAAAGCAGUUGACAUUUUUAUCUCCCAGUAUGAUGCUGGGCAGAAGGAGGCUGUAAGAGCUGUAUUCAAACAGCGGUUCGUCCGGGUGGAAACCAGGAGAGAGGGGCCCUUUAAGGCGAUGCACCCCCACGUGGUGGAUGGAAGGAAGGAAGGCAGGAAGGAUCCGCAGCCAUUGCAAGAGGAAGGUGAGAAGCAAUUCAAGGAAUUUCUUGGAACAUACAACAAACUGACAGAAAACUGCUUCCUAGAUUGUGUGAAAGAUUUCACUAGCCGAGAAGUCAAAUCAGAAGAGGUCCAGAGUGAUUUGGAAGCCAAAGUGAGCUCCGUAUCCGAAAUGUUGAGUAAGUUGCAGGAAACGGACAGACGGCUACAGCGUGCGGCAGAGCGGCAAACGUCCCUAAAGGCUCCACAGAGCGAGAGGUCUCCUUGCCAUCAGAGGAUCGGGGAGCUUGAAAAACAAAUGCAUCUGUUUAUGGAACAGCGACUACGGCAUCUGGAAAACUUUCAGCAGCAGCAAAUGAAUAUUCAGAAAGUUCCUGUUGUCCCAAGUCUCUGUGAGCUUCAGCAUCUUUCCAAGUCAUCCAUUCUUCAGUCAACCAAGGCAUCAAAAUCCAUCUUGAGAGAUGCUGAAAAAAUCCUGAGAGCUGUUCAGAAAAAUAAGAAGCUUCUGGAAGAAAAUUUGGAGGCCAUUAUUCGUGCCAAGGAUGCCUGUUCUAGGCAUUUUGGAAGCCACGCUGUUCAUAGGCAGAAGUCCCCCCUGAACACGCCAGCCCCGCGGCGCUAUGCUCCAGUGCCCGUCUCCAGAGAUGCGAAAAUCUCCCAGAAAAUGUCCAAGAGGGAGCCCUUUGUUGGGGAAAAAGAAAAUGUGCUCCAGCCAGCUUAUGGAACAGCUGUAGGUGGAGGAAAAUUACUUGAACAAAUUUUGAAUUCUCAAGAAAUCCCAUUAAGCCAGGAGACAUCUUCUUUGAAAGAGCCAGCAAAGAACAAUGGAGUGCUGUGGCCUUUUGAAAGAGAGUGCAGAUCCAGUGUCCAGGAGCCAGAGCCUUUCUGUGCAUUUAAAAGUAACCCGGUUGAGAGGACUGUUCAGAAAGCGGAUGACGUGCUCCGUGAUUUGGGACAACUGAAGAGGGAAAUGCAUGACAUCCUGCAGGAUGCAAAGGAAUGGAAGUCGGAUAUAAACAAGUUUAUGAAGACCACUGCACACCCGGGAGAAGUAGUCCAAGUGAAGGAUCGCCUGCCUCAGUCUCAGUCUUCUGUUUCGUUGGUGCCAUCAUCAGAGGCUUUUCUUCCCAUGCCUCCACCAGCUGAGAAAGUUCCUGUUGUCCCAAGUCUCUGUGAGCUUCAGCAUCUUUCCAAGUCAUCCAUUCUUCAGUCAACCAAGGCAUCAAAAUCCAUCUUGAGAGAUGCUGAAAAAAUCCUGAGAGCUGUUCAGAAAAAUAAGAAGCUUCUGGAAGAAAAUUUGGAGGCCAUUAUUCGUGCCAAGGAUGGCAAUGCCUUACAUGCCUUUAUAGAUGAGCUGACAGCAGACAGGGAUGUGCUGGAAGAGAUAAGAAUAAGAAAGACUGUAGAUGAAUGGAUCAAGGCUAUCAGCAUGGAAAUCCAGGAUGAAAUGGAAAGGACCGACUGCCUCAAAAGGCAACAAGCCACCAAGAUGGCAAGGGUCAGCAGAGAAAUGGGGAAAUCUCAUCCCUCAAGAGUACCGACAAAAAGGCCUCUGCCUGAAACAAGACCCAUUCAAAGGUUCACAGAUAAGGUUCUUCCAAAAACCCGGAUGGAGUUACACGAUGAAGACUUUCUUUCUCAGGUCUAUGGCCGGCCGAUUUAUCAGGGACACAGGAGCACGCUCAAACGGUCUCCGUACCUCAGGUUCAACUCACCUCCUCCCAAAUCAAAACCUCCAAGACCUAAGUUGAUAGAAAGUGUUAAAGGUACAAAAGUAAAGUCAGCGAGGACACAGACCAGCCACCAUGUGCACAGCAACGUUGCUAGGCCUGAAAAGCCACACCAAGUCACUGCUCCUCGCCAGGAACUCCAAUAUCUCUUCAGCCCCAUUAAAGAGGCACCCAGUUCCUCAGGUCCUCUUGAAGGCCACCUCAUCCCAAUGGCUAUCCCAUUAGGCCAGAAACAGAUCGAUAGCAUCCCUCCUCAACCUGCGGGCAGAAGUAUAGGUGAAUUCCAUCCUGUUACUGUGACAACCUCUGUCCCUCCUUCCCAUCCUCCUCUGCAAAAGCCGGAUCUAAAGGUUAAGAAGCCCAACAUUGCAGUUAUACAGAUGAAGUCAGAGAAAAAGGACCCUCCCAAACUGACACUGCAGGCCUCUCCGGAGAGUAGCCUCCUCCAAGAUGAGGAACUGCAACUUCCUGGUGCUCAUUUUGACGGCACUGAUGUCGGUCAGGAUGAAGAAGUUGAGGAUUUUGGCAUCCCAGAAUUCGCACAACCAGUCCUACAGUUCAACCGACAAGGAGAAACAGAGUCCCCAAAAUACAAUGGCCCCCCAUUUCCACCAGCUGUUCCUGUUGCUCAGGUCUCUUCAGAUGUCCUGGACGAGAUCAUAGAAAAGAGGGAGACUCUGGAGAACAAGCUGGUUGACUGGGUGGAACAAGAAGUUAUGGCACGAAUCAUCAGUGGGAUGUAUCCAACGCAGAAAGUUGCAGUGCCAGACUUGGAUGCUUCAGAGAGUGAGCACAGUGAAGCCGUGUCUUCGGAUAUCGUUGAGGCUGCAGGUACCGCAGGCUUCCAGUUGUUUGUGGAUGCUGGUGUCCCCGUGGAUUCAGAAAUGAUUCGACGAUUUGUGAAUGAGGCGCUUGCUGAGACGGUGGCGACUAUGCUUGGCGACAGAGAAAACCACAGACCAGCUCCUGUAACAGUCGUUCCUUCAACAGCAGGGCUUCUGCCAGAAAAGGAAACCUUAUUGCCUACUCCUUUGGCCACUCCUGAAGCCACACCACCUCCGUCACCACCACCACCUUUAAAUGAACCAUUUCCAGUAAGAACCCCAGAGUCUUCUCCAUCAGCGACUGAAAUGGAUGGUGAACAGCCUCUAAGAAGAACAGGACCCGAGGAAGCAACUGCUGACGUGGUUUACACACCUGUGGCUACUCCCGUGGCAACGCCACCUAAAAUAGCUACACCAACCCCUCCUGUAUCAGAACGUGCUCCAAAGAGGGAAGCUAUGGAAAAACCAGCACUUCCAAACCCAUGGGAAGAUGCAGAACUUCCCCUGGAAGAAGAGAAGCCCAGUCCACAGAGCGAGGAAGGAACCUACCCACCAAGAGCUGUGAUCAUGUCUGUAGCAAAACAUGAGGAACCAGACAGCUUGGUUUUGCCGGCUUCGGUGCCAACUGCGCCCCAGGAUCUGCAGCCCCCAGAACCCAGGGCACGCUCUCCUUCGGUGCAAAGCCCUAGUUCUGGCCCUUCCACAGAGGAAAGUCCGACCACCACAGAAACGGAGACCACAGACAAGCCAAUUUCAGAUGGAGAAGUUUUGUACAGUUAUGGACAAAUGCUGGCUGUAAAAGCUUUAGCAGAAGGAGGACUGUCUCUUCCAAACCUCAGUGACAGUUUGGCCAGCUCUCUUCACGAUGCUCAGGAGAUGGACUAUGACCCUCCCAGUGAAGGGCAGGUGCUGCGGAGACCUCACAAAGGAUACCACAGAGAUACAGUCCUCUCCCUCUUCUCAAAAUUAAACCAAGCUCCACUUGCUUCUCAAGAAGAGAUCUGCAGAUCUGAGAAUACUGAUGACAGCGCUGGAGAGCUCAGUGAGGGCCAGAGACCGAGACUGACAAGGACUGCAGAAAGUAUCCUCAUGGGGCGGUCUGUUUAUAUGGAUCAGCAUGCCAGCCAAGUCCCUAGACAGACGGCUCUCCGUAAACCAUCACCUGGACAACAUGGCAGAGAAGCAGGAGAAGUUCUUGGAGAUGCCGACGAUGGACCCAUGAGCAUGGCUGAGCUGGACCAACCUGUUUCUCCAGCAGACUUUGGAGACAGCAGACAGACGACACCUCACCUGGACAGUGCACCCCCGCAGCACCACCAAGAGACGUUGCAGCCAGCAAAACCCAGAGUCAUCUGUGUGAAACCCAGAUCUGAAGACACACAACAGCAAGAUUUCCCAAGAAGUGUGACUCAGGCUCAGGUUCAACCCAGUGGAUAUUUUACAUCAUUAGUGGGAGAAACCGCACCCCGCCUGAGCUCCCCGCCUGAGCCGCCAAAGAUGUCUGUAACGGUGCCGUCUGUCAAUAUUGACGAUGAGCUUUUGAGCUUCAGUUCUAUCCAUGGGAGUUCGGAUUCUUCUGGGGCAGAUACGCUUUGAAGCCCCGGGAAAGCAUUUAUGAGGGGAAAGAAGCCAUCCCAGCUGUUGGGCUGAAAUAAUGGGAGAGGCAGGCGUUGCCUCCAGAACCAGUGGUUUGACGUGGAAUCAGAUUACUUUUCAUCUCCUGCAUUUUACGUGUGCAUCUGUGUGUGUGUGUGUGUUUUGCAUGUUAAUAUGUAUACAUUUUUUACAAAACAAAUUAAAUAUAUUUUUGUCUUAUUUUUAAACAA